GAAUAUUUUGGAAAACAAUUGCUGUCGCACACUACGAAGCUAUUGAGGGACACGCGGUUAGGGGCCGCAUGCUGCGUUCUUGGUCUUUUUAAAGAUGCCAAGUCAUUGGCCAUGUCUUUUGAUCCUGCUUGUUGUAAUCGUACUCAUCCUAGCUGUUUGCGGAUACUACACAAUUAUUCACCCGAAACAGAUUCAUCUGGAAAGCUGUUUUCUCAAAGGCGGGGCCUGCCGGGAAACGUGGAACUGCGACGAAAGGUACCGCAGUCGCGUUCGCACCACGUGUAUCAACAAACGAAAGGUCUGCUGCAUGCCCACGCUCCAGAUAAAGAGCAUUCAGGAUGCCGAGUACUACAUCGAGUGAAGGUCCUUUGGAUUGGAGACUCCCCAAGUUGAAAAAGCAGGACACGCCACUCUAAUUACACACCAUAUCUUGUAUUGAAUGUAUCAUUUCGUAGGCAAUUUAUUACAAUGGAAUAAUGAAGUUAAAUUAGUAUUCCGGACAAGGCGAUCCAAAAUUUUUAGUUUUGCCUAAGUCGAUUUUCUAAAUUAGAUGGUGUGACAUUCGUAUGAGCAUCUAUCAAAUCGUUUUUAUUCACCUUUGACUACGUUUUGUACCUAGAAAGUAAAAUCAUAUAUAUAUAUUUAUUACACUUUUCACGUAUAACGUCAUGAAAAAUUAAAGUCGG